AUGCACAUGAAUACAGGACGCCGUCGCACUCUGUGCUGUGCUUUCCUUGCCGCUGUCGGUCUCCUGGUGGUCUCAGCGCCGUUUGGAAAGGCACGGAUGAUGGUGGUGGAUGCUGAUAAAAGAGAAAUAUAUGAGAAGGGUAUGAUCCAGCACUGGGACUGUGUCGCCUGCACUUUUAGUGCUGGCGUGGUGUCUCAGCUCAAGCAGUUGCACAACGUCUCUGCCAGGGGGGCACUUCACAUGUUUUGCGGCUUUUUCUCUUUCAAGGAAGACGUUUUGUGUCGUCUUGCCAGUGCCGUCCUUUUCAACCGUGCCCUUUCUCUUAUUGAUAAGAAUAAGAGUCCUGACGUGGUCUGCCAGCUCCUCUCGUACUGUAAGAACCCCGAGUGCCACCUGUUUCCCAGGAGCAACGAGAGGACAUCAGUAAGGAAUCUGCAGGAAUACUACGGACUGCAGAAUGCCAAGACAAUCAACAUCUGCAAAUUCAUUCCGCAGCUCUGUAGCCUUGAGAGCCAACUGCAUCCGCACUACGAUAGUGACGACGACCUGUUCUCGACGCAUUCCACUCGCCGUGGGAGUGACUGGCGAGGCCGUGACUGUGAUGACAAGAACCCUGCAGUAUUCCCCGGUCGCAACACACUGGACGCUGUCAAGGAUGAGAACUGCAACGGUAUCUACGGUGUGGACAAAGAGACAGGAAAAACUUACGAAGAGAUGUGGUGUGCCAGUUCGGGAGCCAUGGGCGUCAUCGCGGUGGGAGAUAGUGUAACGGCACACUUUGGUAUUCCAGAGGACUUUGUAAUGGUCAGCAAGCUUUCAGCUGAUGGGUUUGCUAACUUUACACACAUCCUUGAGAACGAACUGGAUUGGCCGAUGCUUUCGAGCAUCACCGGUUUUGCUGACGCAUCCGAUUACAAGCCAAAUCGGGAAGGCCCCAUGACAUCCGUGUAUAGUAAGUUGCUCAAUAUGAACAGGUGCAAUCACCGAGAUUACCAGAAUCUGGGUAUAAAUGGCGCCACAACCGAACAGCUUUCUGAGAUGAUGGAUCUUGUCGCUCGGAACCGGACGCAGUCUGUCAAGCCGGCGCUGCUGUUUCUCUCCAUGCUUGGCAAUGAUGUUUGCGCUCGCCCGCCAAACGUUACGACACCCGAAGGGUAUUAUAGACAUCUAACUGCAGCAUUGGAGAAGGCUGAUGCCCGUUUACCAUCUGGAAGCCAUGUUUUGAUAUCCCCCGUUGUGGAUGGACGCAUUCUGUACAACGCAAUGCACAGUCGUAUCCAUCCAAUCGGUAGUCUUGACAAGGAUGUAACCUACGCUGACUUUUACAACUAUUUAAAUUGUCUUGAUGUUUCACCUUGUUGGGGCUGGCUGAACACGGAUGAAGCUGUG